AUGUCAUACUUUGUAUGCUUUAAUUUGAGUAACCAACAGGACUAUUGUGUCUUAUGGACUAUUGUGUCUCAUGGACUAUUGUGUCUCAUGGACUAUUGUGUCUUAUGGACUAUGGACUAUUGUGUCUCAUGGACUAUUGUGUCUCAUGGACUAUCGUGUCUCAUGGACUAUCGUGUCUCAUGGACUAUCGUGUCUUAUGGACUAUUGUGUCUCAUGGACUAUUGUAUCUCAUGGACUAUGGACUAUUGUGUCUGGUGGACUAUUGUGUCUCAUGGACUAUGGACUAUUGUGUCUUGUGGACUAUUGUGUCUCAUGGACUAUUGUGUCUUAUGGACUAUUGUGUCUUAUGGACUAUUGUGUCUCAUGGACUAUUGUGUCUCAUGGACUAUGGACUAUUGUGUCUCAUGGACUAUUGUGUCUCAUGGACUAUGGACUAUUGUGUCUUGUGGACUAUUGUGUCUCAUGGACUAUUGUGUCUUAUGGACUAUUGUGUCUUAUGGACUAUUGAGUCUUAUGGACUAUUGUGUCUCAUGGACUAUUGUGUCUUAUGGACUAUUGUGUCUCUGGACUAUUGUGUCUCAUGGACUAUUGUGUCUCAUGGACUAUUGUGUCUUAUGGACUAUGGACUAUUGUGUCUUAUGGACUAUUGUGUCUCAUGGACUAUUGUGUCUUAUGGACUAUUGUGUCUCAUGGACUAUUGUGUCUCAUGGACUAUUGUGUCUCAUGGACUAUUGUGUCUUAUGGACUGUUGUGUCUCAUGGACUAUUGUGUCUCAUGGACUAUUGUGUCUCAUGGACUAUUGUGUCUCAUGGACUAUUGUGUCUUAUAGACUAUGGACUAUUGUGUCUCAUGAAAGUGUUUUAA